UAUAAAAUAGAUUGUUAAAACCCUGUAGAUUUCAUAAGAAAAGUAGGCCUUUGAACGAAACGUCAUCUUACAAGUUCAAUCUCACAAGAAAGAACAAUCAUUCCGGCUGAUUCGCACACCAAACUCACACUGGAAUUCUAGAUAAUGGAAUUGACACAAAAGUGCGAGCAGAAGGACAGGAAGGAGGUGCGCGCCCCGAAGGAACUCAAUGUGGAGCAACUGAGUCGCGUGCCGAUUCGCUGUCCUCUGUCGGGAUGCUUGGCCACCAUCUCGUCCUUGGACAUCCUCUGCCACAUGCUCAUCCAGCACUUGCGCCCCUCGCCCGGCAAGGAGGAACUGCACCUGGCCUACGAGAACGAGCGCUGCAUCCUGCUGUUCGACCUCAGCCGGUUGCCGCCGCGGAAGACCAUCUGCCUGGGUGUCCUGUUGUACUGCGGUAAGCGAGAUCAUCCGGACGGAUUGCCGGGAAAACGUGGCCUUUGCCAUUUGAAUCGCUUCCUGCCGGAGGCGGAGAACGAACUGCUCUUGGCCGAGUACUUGCCGGUGGUGAUCCUGGUGCGUCGUUGCUACUUCUUCGAGUGGCUGGACAAGAAGAAGAAGGACCCCGCCCCUGUCUUCGAGGAUAUGUCGGACUGGACCCGAAAGAACGUGACCUACGAGGCCGACAAGGACGAGUUGGACAUGUUCCUGUUCUGGACCCAGAGCGUCUCCUGCACUCGCCCCCUGCACGUAACUAUGACGGCCUACGAUCGCACCAUGUCCGAGUGCCGCAGCGGAUUCCGGCAGGUCGUCAAUUCCGGAAUGAUUCGCCCGGAAUCGGACGGCAAGGAACUGCCCAAGUCCAAGCACGCCCUCUGGGUCACCUGCAGCGAAAUGGAGCAGAUGGGCAAGGGCAAGGGCGGCGACAAGAAGAGCGUCAACCUGGAGCUGAUCCUUCACGAGGGCGUCAAGACAGCCGUCAAGUCAUAAGGAGGAACUUCCUCCUACUUGCCAAAUAUUCGAUGAGAGUCCAUUUAAGAAACACAAAGAAACUGGAUCGAAUCUAUUUUGGCAGCAACAUAAUCCUCAAAUAAUUAAUUUGAACUAAUUUAGAAAUGUAAGACUUUACACGAUAUUUUA